UAGGUUCGCGGCGGUCGAAAGUUCUACAACACAUUCAGCAAAUAUUGGGGCAAUGAUGAUUAAAAAAAAAGUGAUCAAGAAUCGAAUAUUCUUGCAAAAUCAACCAAUCAAUAGUUAUAAAAAAAAUAAUUAAUUAAAAAAUCAGGUUGUGAACGCCAGCGAAUUCAACUAACCAACAACUUUAGCACGCAAUCCGCAUCAACACCAGUUAUUUAUUGUAAAAUAAUGCACUCAUUUUUUUUACCUGGACAUUGAUGAAAAAUCAUGCAAGAGGCUAUGUGUGAUGAUAUUGAGCCAUUCGAUGGUGAAACUUUUAUUCCGGUGGAGUUUCUUUACUGUGAAAAUCCGCCGAAAAUUGUAACGAGACAAACACAGUCUCAGGAUUCAUCUUCUAUAGUUCAGCUGGGACAGCUACUGUUGACCCAGGCUGCUGAUGGCAAUACUGAGACAAUUAGAAGUCUUAUGAGACGUGGUGCGCCUUUUACUACAGAUACGUUGGGAACAAGUGCAUUACAUUUUGCAGCUCAGAAUAAUCGUUUAGAGACGGCUGAAGUUUUGUUAAAGGCUGGAAUUUCUCGAGAUGCUAGGACGAAGGUUGACAGGACACCUUUGCACAUGGCCGCUUACGAAGGUCAUUUUACAAUGGUUCAAUUACUUAUUAAUUAUGGUGCUGAUGUCAACAGCCGUGAUAUGUUAAAAAUGACACCACUGCAUUGGGCAGUAGAACAAGAGCACCCAGAUGUAAUCGCAUUGCUGCUAGAAAACGGAGCUGAUCCGAAUGCUCUUAGCAAAUUUCAAAAAACCCCAGUGAGCCUUGCCUACGAGCGCGGUAGAACUGACUUCGUAAACUUACUCCAGCAGAACCGUGACUUUGUUAGUGUCCAGCCGCAUCCGAGUCCUCAUCAUGAAGAAAUGGAGCAAGGAUCUCACAAUAUUGUCAAAAUAGAGCAGACCGACCACGGAGAUAAUCAUGAGCAGGAGAUGCAACAACGAUAUGAAAUUCAUCAACCGCUUCACUCUCAGUCGCAUAAAGUUCCUCCAGUUCAAGCUCCGAAAAAACAGAAGAUGGUCUUCCAACAAAUCCACGUGACUCCUUCGAGCGAAGACGAAGAAGACAACGCAGCUGAAAUAGAACAACGGAUAAAUAGCAUUGAGAAUAGUACAUUUAAAAAACACCUGGAUUUAAAUUCAUUUGGAAGUAUUGAACAGCCUCUGCAGUGGCUUCAGACUCAUCAUGGUAUUACGAUGAUACCCAUGGAUAAUGAAGCGUCUAUCGUUGAAAAUGCUAUAGAAAGUGGAAGGACUGUUAGACUGACAGAAGCUGGAAGACAAGCUUUGAAAUCAACAAGAACCCAACCUUUAGGUAUCGCGAGGAUAAAUGUUAAUUCUAAAAAAAAUACUCCUCGAAAAGUAAUAGCAAUAAGAGCUGAUCAACUUACCUCUCCUAUACCGACAAGAGGACCCAAUAUACUGAAAAGAAGCAAUGACAAUAAAUCUGGAAAAAUUUAUCUCACGCCUGUUUCCAAUAAUCUCACGAUAAAAACAAAUAAAGUGGGACUUUCAAAAAUUUAUCAAAAGAAAAAUACAAUACAGCUGGGAAAAAUAAAAAAUGUUGACCAUUCGAACCCGGUUGUCUUGCACUUAGAUGACGAAAUUGAAGAAAUAGCGGAAGCUGUUGAUCCUAAUGAUAAUAACGGGAUCGAAUUAUUGACAGACGUCGCGUCGCUAAAUAAAAGAUUAAUUGAAACGCAAAGACAAGCCGCUGAGUAUCAAAAGCAAUUUGAACUGAAAGCCGAAGAGGCGAAAAUUUUGCGACAGCAGUUGCAAGAUAUGAUGGCUGCAAAUGCUGCCAAGUGAUUCUUUUUUUUGUAAAGUGUUAUAAUUAAUAAUUAAUAAUUACGAGUAAUAAUUAGAUAUAAAUAAAUAUUUUUAAACUUUUUAAAUUUUCUAUAAAUUGGAUUAAAAAAAUUGUUGAAUUUUUUUGUUCAGAUCCAAAUUUAUAUCUAUUAUAUUAUAACAUGUAAAUAUUUUAACAAAAUUUAAGUGAUUGAUCGUCAUACGGUGCGUGAAAUUUAGUUAUUAUAAUUAUAUAUUAUUGAAUUUGCUGUUGGAGUAAUCCAAUCGCCGGGUGAUUUGUAACCACAGCUUCGCAUGUACAGUGCUAAUUUUUAUUUAUAAAUUUAAGAUCAUUAUUGCAAGCUCAUCUGUCAAUUGUAAAAAAAUUUUUUUAAAUGAAAAUUAAA